AUGAUAGUUCAAGCAAACAAGCUAGCUGUGAGAAUGUGGGCUAAGCCUCUAAACAAGCCUACCCCAGUGAACUUGGCACUGCAUGCUUACUGGAAUCUUGGUGGACACAACAGUGGUGACAUCUUGUCUCAUACCAUCCAGCUUUUUGGAUCUGAAGUUACUCCUGUGGAUGAAGAACUCAUUCCGACCGGAGAAAUUGUCAACGUCAAGGAUACACCUUAUGAUUCCCUCCAGGCCAGGGAGAUUGGGAGCAUGUUCAAUCAAUUGCCUGAUGGAUAUGACAUCAACUAUGUGCUAGAUGACUUGAAUCUUGGACACUUUAUGAAGGUUGCUGUUGUGCAAGAAAGUGUGUCUGGGAGGAAGUUGGAGCUAUGGACCAAUCAGCCUGGAGUGCAGUUUUAUACAAGUAACAUGCUUGACAAUGUCAAGGGGAAAGGUGGAUGCGUUUUUGCUAAGCAUGCUGGUAUUUGCUUAGAGACUCAAGUAUUUCCUGACGCGGUCAAUCACCCCUAUUUCCCUUCUUAGAUUGUUGAUCCUGGAGAGAUUUAUCAGAACAUCAUGAUUUAUAGGUUCCCUGCUCACCAGGGUUUUUCAGGCUGUCCUGCUAGGUUCCCUGGAUUUGGUUAUUUUCCAGAUUUGAAAUAUGAUUUUGAUAUUUUACA